AUGAGGAAUACAAGUAGAAAAUUCAUAGAUAGGCAUGGAGUCCAACACGACCUUGUGGUGGAAUUUGCCCUCCGCAAACUUUUCACUCGGAAAAAUGAUAGAGAUCUUGAUGCAGAACAGGAGAUCAUCGCUGAUUUUUCGAAUGAGAUGAAGAGCAAGGAUUUGCCUAGCUUGAUGGCCAAUAACGGAGGCGAAGGAAGCAAUCCCAGCGACGUUGCUCGUGGGCAAGAGGCUAUAUGGGCGGCGAUUGAGGAACAGAGACAGUUCAUGGCGGAACAACGUCGGCAGAUGGGUGGUAGGCAUGAGGGGCGCGAUGUGGAGCGCAAUACCCGCUUCCAUCAACGGCGUCCAUAUGAGGAAGACGAAUCUGAUGAAGAAGAAGAAGUCUGCGAGCAUGGCCAGCAGGGUGGACGGUACAGAAGAUAUGACGAGUACAGAUUGAAAGCGGAUAUUCCUACUUUCAAUGGGAAUAUGCAUAUUGAAGAAUUUCUUGAUUGGGUGUCUGAAGUGGAGAGGUUUUUUGAGAUGAUGGAAGUACCUGAGGGGCGUAUGGUGAAGCUCGUGGCUUUCAGAAUGAAAGGCGGCGCAGCUGUUUGGUGGGAUACCCUGCAGAGAAACAGGCACCGCCAAGGAAAGGCACUAGUUCGUACUUGGAGGAAGAUGAAACAAUUGCUUAUGGAAAGAUUUUUGCCACCUGACUAUGAACAGUACUUAUUUCAGAUGUAUCAGAACUGUGCCCAAGGAAGUAAGUCUGUAUUUGAUUACACCGCUGAAUUUUUCAGACUUUCUGCAUGGAAUAAUCUGAAUGAAAUUGAGCCACAGCGAGUAGCAAAAUAUUUGAAUGGUUUGAGGCCCAAAAUUCAUGAGAAGAUUGGGCUGCAGGUGCUGUGGUCUGUAGAAGAAGCUCAUAACAUGGCGUUGAAAGCGGAACUGCUAGAAAAAACAGGGGGAAGACCUGAAUAUUCAUUUAGAAGUAAUGUUGAUGCUGGUAACGUUUCGGGAAAGGGAAGAGUGUCGCAGCUUUCAAACCCAAACCAGUCUGACCAUGUUGGUGCAUGGAGCAAGGAUGGCAAUAGCAGCGUAGGCGCCAAGGAGAGACAACUAGCAGGAUCUAGCAGCAAGGAACCACCCAAGAAUUCAAAUCCAUAUGCUAGAGCCACGUCGGUGAAGUGUUACAGGUGCGGUAAGCCUGGGCACCGUUCUAACGAGUGUCCAGCGAGAAAGCCCGUGAACUUGAUUGAACCCGAAGAAGAGUCCGAGGAAGAAGAAGAGCAGCUAGUCUAUGACAAUGGUGUGUAUGAGCGACACGACAUUUUUCAGUCUUUAUGCACCAUCAACAAGAAGAUUUGUAACCUUAUUAUUGAUAACGGCAGUUGUGAUAACUUUGUGGCAAAGAGGUUAGUGGAUCACUUGAGACUGGCAACUGAAGCACACCCUUCGCCUUAUUUUAUUGGUUGGGUGAAGAAGGGUCCAAAGGUUAAAGUGACUGAAGUUUGUAAGGUGCCUAUCUCGAUUGGAAAGCAUUAUAAAGAUGAAGUUGUCUGUGACGUGAUCGACAUGGAUGCCAGUCAUGUGUUGUUGGGAAGGCCCUGGCAAUAUGAUGUAGAUGCAACUUAUAAAGCUAGAGAUAAUGUAUAUUUGUUUACCUGGGAGGGCCAUAACAUUGCUAUAGUCCCUACAAAAGAGUCUAACAAAAUUUCCAAAGCCGCUGGGAUGGAAGGGAAAUCUUUCCUAACUCUGUCCAGAUCUGAAAACGACUUUGAGGCGGCAGCAAAGGGGUCCCAGGAGGUUCACGUGGUAGUGGUCAAAGCUUUGGUUGUAAAUUCAGAAAAGGAAGAAGGGAAGGAAGUGCCCCGAGAAGUUCAACAGUUACUCGAAGAGUUUAAGGAGUUCGUAGCUGAAGAUUUACCCAAUCAAUUGCCACCUAUGAGGGAUAUUCAACAUCACAUAGAUUUGAUACCUGGAGCAAGUCUGCCAAACCUCCCUCAUUACCGCAUGAGCCCAAAGGAAGGUGAAGUUUUAAGGGAAAAGAUAGAGGAGUUACUGAGGAAAGGAUUUAUUCGAGAAAGCAUGAGUCCUUGUGCUGUUCCGGCCUUACUAACACUAAAGAAGGAUGGAAGUUGGCGGAUGUGUGUGGACAGCCGAUCCAUAAACAAAAUCACAGUAAGGUACAGGUUUCCCAUACCUCGCUUGGAUGAUAUGUUGGAUAUGUUGGCAGGAUCUAAAGUGUUCUCCAAAAUCGACUUAAGGAGCGGGUAUCAUCAAAUCAGAAUUCGGCCUGGCGAUGAAUGGAAGACCGCUUUUAAAACUAAGGAAGGGUUGUACGAGUGGCUAGUUAUGCCUUUUGGGUUGUCCAACGCACCGAGCACCUUCAUGCGGUUGAUGAAUCAGGUACUGAAGCCUUUCAUUGGACGGUUUGUUGUCGUCUAUUUCGAUGAUAUCUUGAUUUAUAGCAAAGAUGAAUUAGAACAUUUGACCCACUUGAGUGAAGUAUUGGAGGUGCUGGGAAAAAACAAGCUAUUCAUUAAUUUGAAGAAGUGCCAUUUCCUAACAAGCAGGUUGCUGUUUUUGGGCUAUGUGGUGCGUUUUGAUGGUAUUCAUGUUGAUGAAGAAAAGGUGAAGGCCAUCCGCGAAUGGCCUACUCCAAAGACAGUGACUGAGGUACGUAGCUUUCACGGGUUAGCAACCUUCUACAGGAGGUUUAUCAGAAAUUUCAGCACUAUUGUUGCACCGAUUACUGAAUGUCUGAAGAGGGGGAAGUUUAACUGGGGAGAAGAAGCAGAAAAUAGUUUUUCUUUGAUUAAAGAGAAAUUAUGCAGUGCACCUGUGUUGGCUUUGCCGAGUUUUGACAAACUCUUCGAAGUAGAAUGUGAUGCUUGUGGAGUGGGGAUUGGGGCUGUUCUGUCCCAGGAUGGGAGGCCUGUUGCAUUUUUUAGUGAAAAACUUAGUGAUGCCAGGCGGAAGUGGUCCACAUAUGAUCAAGAGUUUUAUGCAGUUGUAAGAGCCUUGAAGCACUGGGAGCAUUACUUGGUACAGAGGGAAUUUAUCCUGUAUACCGAUCACCAAGCAUUGAAGUUUUUGAAUAGCCAGAAGCAUCUGAGCAACAUGCAUGUUCGGUGGUCAACAUAUUUGCAGAAGUUCCCUUUCGUCAUUCGGCAUAAAUCAGGAGCUUUAAACCAGGUGGCUGAUGCAUUGAGCCGUAGGGCAGCGUUGUUGGUGACCGUGAGUCAAGAGGUUGUUGGAUUCGAAUGUCUGAAGGAACUAUAUGCAGAAGAUGAAGACUUUAAGGACGUAUGGGCGGCAUGCUUAGCGAAGCCACCUACAGGUGAUUUUCAUGUUUAUGAGGGAUAUUUAUUUAAGGAAAAUCGCCUGUGUAUCCCUAGAGUCUCCUUGAGAGAGAAACUUAUUCGAGACUUGCAUGGAGGUGGUCUCAGCGGCCAUUUGGGAAGAGAUAAGACCGUGGCACUCCUAGAAGAGAGGUACUUCGGCCCCAACUGAAGAGGGAUGUGGGAAAUCUAGUGAGAAAGUGCUAUGUUUGUCAAACAACAAAGGGGCAAGCACAAAAUACAAGUCUCUACACUCCCUUACCUAUUCCUAAUGAUAUUUGGGAAGAUCUAUCUAUGGAUUUUGUACUUGGACUUCCCGUACACAGCGAGGGGUCGACUCUGUGUUUGUGGUGGUCGACAGGUUCUCGAAGAUGGCCCAUUUCAUCCCUUGCAAGAAGACAUCCGAUGCCUCCCAUA